AUGCCACCCAUAUCCCAAUCCCAAUUCCAACCCCAAGAAACCCAACCAGGUGUUCUCGAAAUCGCAGAUAUUUCGAAUAUGGAUAGCACAGGACAACAACAAAUACCAACACCAACACCAGUACCAAAACCAAAGUCAAAUCCAAACCCAAAACCACGACUCUAUCUCGAGCCCCUAGACCCUGCAAAACAUCUGGAAGCUUUCCAUGAAAUAUGGACGUUUGAGGAGGCGUUGAGGUGGUUUCCCUUCCCAGUGAAGAAGAAUGUUUCAGAGUCGAGGGAGUUUUUAGAGAGGAUCUUGCCGAAUGAGGAGAAUCCUGAUAUUGAGAAGUUUGCUUUGAUGUUGCUUCCUGCUUCUGGCUCUGAAACGGAACAGAGCCAGGCUCAGACUACAGUAUUCAUAGAGACUGAGAAGUGUCAAAACGCAGAGGAUGGAUCGAGAGGAGAUGGAGAGAGUCAACUCGAAGAAGGAAACACGGGAAAGGGGGAAGAUGGGGAAGGGAAAGAGAAGGGGAAUAGGGAAAGGAACGAGAGGGGAGAUAGGAAGGAGAAAGCAGGAGAAAUGGUCGGUUUCGUAGGGACGAAUAGGUACAAAGAACAAGGUAUGGAAGUGGGGUAUGUGAUUCAUCGACGGUAUUGGGGAAGAGGGUUUGCGACGGAGGGGUUGAAACUGUUUUUGGAGAUGUAUUGGGGUUUGGAGGAAAGGAAAUACAUCAACCGCCUCGUCGGUAAAACCAGCCCAGGGAAUCUGGCGAGUCAGAAUAUUUUGAUGAGGUGUGGUGCGAGGAGGGGGGAGACGCUGAAGGAUGUUUUGGAGUUGUGGGUUGAUAGGGAGGAUGGGGGGAAGGGGAAGAAGAGUGAUUUGGUUUGUUUUUAUUUGGAUAGGCCGGGUGGGGAGAGGGAGGAGUUGGAGGUUGAGAGGAGGAGGAGGGAGGGGGUUUUGAGAGGGUUGGAGGGGAAGAAAGAGAAGAAUGGAAAGGAGGGUGAGGAAUAAGGGAAAUAUUGCUUUGAUAAGGUAUCUGAGGGUUGAAAAUGGCGAAGAGGGCUUAGAAGGGUUAAAGUGGUGCUACGGAUCGGGUUCAUAUUUCCAGUAAUUGCUUAGAUAUUACACUUCGUGGGAGUAAUCUUAGAGAAUGACAGUCUAAGAGACAAGUUAAUAGGCAAGAGGGCGAGCUGGCAGGUAAUAAAAGCCUUCUUGGACAAUAUAAUCAAAUCAGGUGUCUGAA